AUGCCAUUUAUUUCUAUAUCAUUGAUGGUACUAUCAUUACUUCGAACAAGCUUGUGUUCCGCGAUCAACAAUACUCGUUUGUUGGGAGAUCUUUUAAAUGGCUACCAGAGGUUUACGCGACCUGGUGCUGACUACUCUGUUCCAACAUACGUUAGUGUUGAGUUCGAUCUCCUCUCAAUUCGAGAUUUCGUUGCAUUGACAAACAAAUUUGCAAUCACUGGAGUUUUUGAAUUGUCUUGGCACGACGAGAGAAUUUCUUGGGAUCCAACUGCAUACGGUGGUAUAGAAGACAUACAUAUACCUCAAGAAUUGGUGUGGAAGCCCGAAUUAAUCAACACAAAACCGUUUACAGUCGUGAAGCCCAUUGGAAUACCGACGUUUGGGAUUAUAUAUCAUUACACCGGAGACGCUUUUUGGAUACCCGGUGAUAAUUAUGAUACCUCCUGCGAAGCUGAUGUAACUUACUACCCGUUUGACUCACAGACAUGUACCUUCAGAUUCUCGGAUUGGACACAAAUACCUGGAACUAUCUUUAUAACCUCUUCUAAAAAUGAGUUAGGUCUGAAAUUGUACGUCACAAAUCCUAUGUGGGACAUCACCAGCACCGUGAUAGAGACGGAUCAUGACGAGUUUGGAAAUUUCGUGUAUUUUGAUAUUCAUUUUAAACGACUUUACGGGUUUUAUGUACUAAAUAUGGUUUUACCAAUAUGCCUGAUCAGCUUCGUGAACAUAUUUGUAUUCUUCCUGCCAGCAGAAUCCGGUGAACGGAUUGGGUUUUCAAUUACAGUUUUUCUGGCGCUGUCGGUUCUUCUUACCAUACUGGCGGAACAUCUACCUAAGGCUUCUCGUCCACGAAUCUCUAUCAUUUGCUACCUCAUAUUCUUCCAAACAACGAUAAGCAUUUUUGUCUUGUUAGCAACCAUUCUAAGUUUGCGUUUCUUCUUUCAUUCAGACUCGGAGGAAGUCCCGCGAUUCUGGCAAAGAUUUAUACAAAUAGUAGAUCUGAAAUGUGUAUGUCGGAGAAAAAAACGACAGAUUUCAAAUGCAAACGCUGAAACAAAAUCAAUAACUUUGAGCAAAGAGUUGUUCGCCACGGACGUAGAAGAUAGUGUAGAUUUGAACGACAUGAAAAUCAUCGGAAAGGAGAAACGCCCUCAGGAUAAUUCAGCUCAUCAGGGCGUGGAUACCAUGGCUCGUGUCACAUGGAAACAGGUUGGACAAGCCUUUGAUAAAGUAUGCGCUGUAGUAUUCUCAUUAUUGAACAUCAUAAACAUAGCAAUAUAUUUUAUGAUUAUGUAUGUAAAUGGUAAAAUAUAG